AUGCCGAAGACAGUGAAAAAGCGUGAUUGGCUGCUGGUACACGCGAAACUACGCUUAAAUAGGGCACUGUUACCAAAGUUAGUGUGUGUCGAAAUGCCUCCGUGGUCAGUCGGUUAAGGUUUUCGCCAAAAGUGAAAGGUGGUCACGAAGGAAACGAUCAGAGAUGGUGGGCUCUGAAAUGGAUCGGCCUGGUAAAGUUUAUCAUGCAACGAGAAACUUUAUGUUCAAGUAUUUCCUGGCGUUCACAUGGAUCGGAUUCAACUUUGUGGUGUUCUGCAAAGCUUUCUCUCAUUACCAUCAUGACCCGGAAUACUAUUACCUCAGUAAAAUUCUAGGUAAUGGUCUCUGCAUCUCUCGGGGUACGGCACCGGUACUCAAUUUGUCCAUGGCACUCAUAACAUUACCUGUAUCACGUUCAUUCAACGUUCUGCUGAAUGCCCUAUUCGGACGAUGGUCCCUUCGGGUGCUCGUGUUCUAUUUGGAGAAAAUCAAAGUUCUGCACCUUUUCUUUGGCGUUGGAUUGAUAAUUGUGGGUGUCAUUCAUAGCAUAGCGCAUUUCAUCAACAUUGUCAACUUUGUGGAUAACUACGACGCCAAAUUCGACGCCAUAAAUUGGGCUUCUGGCAAAGACGAUAGUAAGUUACGACUGCUGGUGGCCACACCCACUGGAUUUUCCGGUUGCGUGAUGUUGGUGACUCUAUUUGCGAUAGCCUAUUUCUCCAGUCGACAGAUGCGCGAUCGAUUUUACAACAGCUUCUUGGCAUCGCACCAUCUUUUUCUGGUUUUCUACGGGAUGAUGUUCUACCAUCCACUCAGCAACAUAAUUAAACAUCAAACAAACCUGAAGUCACACCCAAACGGGUGCGACAUCAUAGACGAACAUGUCUUCAGGAAUGAUUCAGUUCUGCAAGCUAUUUGCAGUGAGGAACCCAAAUUUGGUACAGGUGAAAAACAGGCUUGGAUCUGGCCACUGAUAGGACUUUCCAUUUACGUCCUCGACGUAACCAUUCGAUACCUUACGGCACACUCGGACAGGCAGAAAGUUUCUACCUUACAAUCGUACGUGUUACCUGCGAACGGAGUAUAUCUGCGCCUAAGGUUCACCAGCAGCAAACGAAUAAUGAUAUCUGCCGGCCAGUACGUCCUCCUACAAUGCCCGGCAAUCUCCACCAUUGAAUGGCAUCCGUUUACGGUGGUUGACUUUCCAACAGCAAUCCACAAUACGGUAUCGCUAACCGUGGCCGUACGAGGUGACUGGACGCAACGGCUGUACGACUUAGUAUCCGAGAAAGAACGUCUAAAACAAAGCGGUGCAGGGAUCGAUGCCCUUGGAAAGGUUCAAUUCUUGCUGGACGGACCAUACCCAUCGGCGAUGACCGGUAUGCUGAAGUGCAAACGGAUGGUCUACAUAGGGGCGGGAGUCGGUAUUACUCCGUUUGCCGGAUUCGUCCGACAUCUUCUAAACUUCAACACUGAUCGCCCUACAAGAAUCCAUCUCAUAUGGAUCGUGCGUAAAGCGGAAAUGUUCACCUGGUUUGCUGAUGAGUUGACGAAGCUUCAAGAAAGGUUUUGGAAGCAGAAUAAACCGGAUCGAUUCACUUUGAAACUGUUUCUAACCCGUAACUACAAUACCAGUAUUAUAGACGAGUACUUUGGAGACUACCCUAUCCUGAAGGCACGCAUUAGCAAAGGUCGUCCAGACUGGGACGAGGUGUUUCUAGAUCUAGCGACUUUAUAUGCUGGAAAAUCCGUGAACGUAUUCAGUUGUGGCCCGAAAGGUCUGACCAAAGAUAUCAGAGGCAUUUGCAGGCAAUAUCGGAAGCAUUCGUGUAAAUUCAUCCACUUGCAUGAAGGAUUUGGAUAACAUCGAGCAAAAGUAUUAUAUAGUUGAUAGUUUCAAUAAAUUCUACCUAUUUCUUUGUGACUAGUUGCAAUUGAAUUUCAGCA